GGCGCGGGCGGGGCGGGGCUCGGGCCGGCAGGGGGCGCCCCCGGGCGGCAGCGGCCGCGGCCGCGGCGGUGGCGGCGGCGGCGGCGGCGGGCGAAGACGAUGUUCAAAAGCGGGCGGGGAGCGGCGGCGGCAGCAGCUCCGCGCCGAGCCCCGGGCCGCCGCCAUGCGCCUCCGCGCCGCCGCCGCCGCCCUCUGCCUCUGCCUGCUGGGCGCCUGCCGCCUCCGCCGCGGGCUGGAGGCCGCCGCCGUGCGCGGCCCGUCGGCGGCCGCUCCCCAGCGACCCUCGGCAGCCGCGCCUUCCUCCGCCUCCUCCUCCUCCGCCGCCGCCGCCUCCCCCUUCUCCUCCCCGCCGCGGAGGGACGGGGCUCUCCGCAACGGCACGGUGGUGCCGCAUCAUUACAUGGUGGCCCUGUACCAGCGCCUGGCCGCCCGCCGCGCCCCCGGCCGCCGCGCCGACACCGUGACGGGCUUCGCGGAGCGGGCGCGCAGCGAUGCCUCCCCGUCCGCCUUGGAGCAGCGGUACCUCUUUGACAUCUCCAGCCUGCCCGAGGCAGAGGAGGUGACGGGAGCAGAGCUGCGCAUCCUGCGCUCCCUCCCCGAGAACCGGAGCUUGGCGCUGUCCCCCGAGGGCUCCUUCCACCACCUCCUCCUCGCCACCUGCCCCGGCCGCGACGGCGAGGAGCCGCGGCUGCUGGACUCCAGGGCUGCCGACGUUUUGGACGCGGGCUCCUCCAGAUGGGAGGUGUUUGAUGUGUGGGAGGCCUUGCGGGCUCGGAGGGGGAGCUCGCUGUCGGGAGAGCUGCUGUGCUUCCUGCUGAGGAUCGUGUCGGAGCGGUCGCGGCGGCCGCUGCCGCCCCGGCAGCUGGGCUUCGGCACGCCGCGGCCGCAGCCCCACGAGCGCGCCCUGCUCGUGGCCUUCUCCCGCACCCACAGGAGGGAGAACCUCUUCAAGGAGAUCCGGGAUAAGGUCAAGGCCCUGGGCGGCCCCCGCUUGCUGGAGCCCCCCGAUCCCGGCCAGGAGGCGUAUCCCAAGCGGAGGAGGAGGAGGACCACCAUUGCCGCCCGGUCCGGGGGCAGAGGCCACGGGAAGAAGGCGAAGACUCGCUGCAGCAGGAAGCCCCUGCACGUGAACUUCAAGGAGCUGGGCUGGGAUGACUGGAUAAUCGCCCCCCUGGAUUACGAGGCUUAUCACUGCGAGGGGGUCUGCGACUUCCCCCUGCGCUCCCACCUGGAGCCCACCAACCACGCCAUCAUCCAGACCCUGAUGAACUCCAUGGACCCGGAGUCCACCCCCCCGAGCUGCUGCGUGCCCUCCAAGCUCAGCCCCAUCAGCAUCCUCUACAUAGACUCUGGCAACAAUGUGGUUUACAAACAGUAUGAGGACAUGGUCGUGGAGACCUGUGGCUGCAGGUAGCAAUUUCUGCAGCUCUCCCUGUCCUCCUGGCCUUGCUCAGCAACCCUGCCCAUUAUAUAUAUAUAUAUAUAAAUAUAUAUAUAUAUACAUUUUGGUGUGUGCCUUUCCAAAAGCCAAGCUCAGAGCAGGGGUCCCCUGUCUUCCCUGGGCCACCCUGGCCAUGAGCCCAAGAGGGAUGGGGGAUGCUCCUCUGAGACUGUGAGGCUGCCACCAUCUCUGUGCCUUGCCUGUUCCCCCCUGGAAAAGGGGCCACACAGCCUGGCAGAGCCCCGAGGGAAUGUCUGCUCAGCCUCUGAGCUCUGCCUGAUACACUUGGUUUGCCUAAGUGGAGCUGACAGCUUCUUUCCCAAAGGUUUUGGAAAAUGUCUAGCCAAAAUUGUCUUAGAAUGAUGACCUGGGGUUGGGGGGAGGUGGAGUGGUGUCUGUGGCAGAGGGAUCAGGUCAGCACCCCCCUCUGGCUGUGGCAGUGGGAUGGAGGUGAGGUAGGAAUGCUCUUUUCUUUGAGUUAAAGGAGUUCUUCUGUCAGUCUUCAAAUUGCUGCCCUGGGUUUCCUGGUGGAAAAAUAAGGGAUCCCUGGGGGAAGGCAGGGAGUGGAGAACCUGUGCCUGGCGUGGGUUGUAAUCACUUGGUCCAGGCCUUUUUGCAGUAGGGAGAGGUUUGUGAGUCUGCUGGCAGAGACAGGAAAGAAGGAGAAGCAGAGAUUAAGAGUCAGAUCUGAAGCAGAGCUUGUGCUCUUAAAAAAAUGGGAGGGACCCAGGGAGGCCUUAUCUGGAGAUGCCUCCACUCCAGGCAGUGGGAAGCGCUGGCCCUGCAGUCUGUCCUGCAGGAGGUUCUGCGUGCUGAGUCCCCUCCCUUUCCUGCACAAAACUCUGCUUCCAAGGCACACUGAGAACCGACAUCAGGCCCACAAGGCACACAGCAUGUCUGGAGAGAAACAAAGGUCCCAAGUUCCCUAGGGAAGAGCCAUUUCACUCGGGUUCUUCUCUUUCCAAAUAAUAUCUAUAAAAGCACCAAGCUCCACCCUGUCCUCCUUUGGCAUCGAUUUCCCAGGGAGCUGUGUUACUCCCUGGAGUGCUGGCUGCUCCCUGCUCCAUUAGGGGAGCUGCAUCCUCCAGGAACAGACCUUUCCCAUGCAGAGGGCUGAGUGCUGCCCUCAGGGACUGCUGUGUGGGGUGGGGUGCUUUGACGUGUGCUCAAAGGGCUGCGGGGUUUUAGUAACUCAGGAGCUGAGUUUAAAUUACACCUUUAAACCAGAGAAGGUCUUCAUCCAUGCCAGGGUGUGCUUUGGAUGCUGGGAAGCAUAUCUGCUGCACCUCAGUGGCUUUUGGUACCAAACUUUGGCUUCCUGGGUGAGCUGGCUUAGGCCAGAGAUGGAUUUGCACAGAUUUUGUGUUUGAUGGUUUGUGGUUUUUUGUUUUUUUUUUUUUUUUUUUUUUUUCCCUUGUGGAAGGGUGUAAGCAUCAGUGCUUAUUAAUGAUGGUAGUUUGCUUUUGGAGGAGAUAAAUCCCUGCUGGAAAACAUGGGAUUUUUCCUACAUAAAUCCAGUUGUCCUCCAUGGCAGGGGUGUUCUGCUGGGAGGGCUGAGCCUGGCCAGGGUGGUGAGGGAGCUGCUUCAAAGAGCCCUACUGAGAUCCAAAAGAUCUCAAAGAUCAGAAAAGCCUUGGUGAGGUUCAACAGCCCCUUCCCCCCUACGUGCAUCAGUAGGAAGUAAGUGUGUCCAUUGGAAACAGUGACAGAUCCACUGGGAUAACACCCCCUGCCCCCCUCCAUCCUUGCCCACAGAGCCUGCUCUGCAUCCUCAGGCUGAGGCAGUUGGCAGCUCAGAGGUGAGAGUGUGGUGUCCAUGAGUCUCCUGCACCCCCUUGACACCCGCAGAGCUCCUCUGGCUUUACAUGCAUGCACCUGAGAAGAAAAGCCUUCUCCCUGUCUCAGCAUAAAUGUAAAUAUGUGCUGAUGAUGUACCUGUCUGCAGGAGGAUGCUCAGAGGGAGGUCAGGGGAAGGAUCAGGCCCAUGCCAUGGGUUUUCUCCCUGUCAGCAUUUGGGAGGCUGAGGUUCCUGGGUGGGUGAGGAGGGCUCAGCACGAGGGUUUGUGGAUUUCCUCUGCCCUUUGGCUUUGGCACAGCUGGUUGGGGAAGGAUGUUGGCACAGCAGUGCUUGAGCUGCCAGAUUCCACAUCAGUUAUAAAGUUACCAAGCUUUGGAAGUACCUAAUUUUUCAAGUGCCUUUGGUUGUUUGAUAGCAUUUCUCACUGCUGAGAGAAAUUUUUAAAAUGUUUUUGUUUCUUUUACCCCCUCCCCUUCCUCCAAAUAUUUGUGGUAAAGGUUCAUGGGCAGUUCAAAUCCAAGCAAGAUAUAUAUAUAGCUUCUGGCAGGCCCUGCUGGCUGGUGGCUCUUGUGAGCCUCCACCAAAAAGGUGUCCUGAGACCUGCUCCUGUGGUACCGUGUCCAAGGGCUGGUAAUGCCAGUGGCUCCCAGGUCCUGGGUUUUUUUCAGCCAGGGUUGCAGGGAAUAGACAGAAGUCACCCACCUCAGGUCUGGAGGUGGCUGAUGGACAGUAAGGUGACAGGUUUGGUCUUGGAACUCUUCACCCCAACCCCAAUUCUGGGGCAGUGCCCACUGCUGGAGUUUUUAUCCUGAAAUCCAUGAUGGCUUUGUUGGUGCUGGGGACAAAAGCAGUGGCUCAGUUGCUGCAGUUCCAUGGCCUGGAUCACUACAAUAAACGGGAGCGGAAGGUUUGGGGAGAGCUCAGAGGCCGCUGCCAGCAGUGAGGCUGUCCAUGGUUUCACCCUUUGAAACCCCAGCUGUGGGCAUCCCUGAAGAGUUUGGUGGGGGAGCAAACCUCAUCCCCUCGAGAGGAGCCAGCAGUGCUGGGGCUUGUGCCAAGUGCCACCUGUUCCUUUCCUGGGCAAACAACCUCUGGAGGACAAAGGGAGGGCAAAGGAUGGAGCUGGAUCCUCUUCCUGCUUCUCUAAGGGGUCAGGGGAGGCAGCUCCCUGCCUGGGGCUGCUCCAGGGGGAUGUGUGUGAGCAGGGCAAGGCUGGAGGAGAGUGGAGCUGGGGCCUUGGUGGGUAACUGUGCUGCUCCCCCUGAGUGGGGGUACCAGCUGCAGGGCUUGGCUGUCACGUUGCUCCCAGAGGAGGAUUUCCAGAGCUAAAGCCACCAUUGCCCCCUUUGUGAAUCCCUGCAGGACAACUGCAAGGGCUGCCUCUCCAUCCCCAGGCAGAUUUGGAGAUUGCACCGAACAGUGGGAUUGGUCUUGGGAACAACCACCAGAGCCAUUGCAAAUGUGUAGAGGUUUAGAUUAAAUAUUCAGGGAAAAGUCACAGAAAGGGUUAUAAAGCUCUGCCCAGGGAGGUGUAGAGUCACCAUCCCCGGGAGUGUUCAAAAGCUCUGUGGAUGUGGCACUUGGGAAGGUAGUUUAAUGGUGAAUACGGUGUUGAUGUGGGGUUGAUGGCAGGACGUGAUCUUUUCCAACCUUAAUGAUGACAUGAUUUUAAAUGGAAGUGGUGGGUGUGAAGCCUUUCCCAGGCAGGGAGGUUCUCUCAGCUGAUUUGUUGCAGCCCUGCACUGUUGGAGCAACACAGGGAUGUGUCUGUAGAGGGCAUGGAGCAAUGAAUUCUGCCUUUGGAGAAAGGUUGGUGAGGCUCUGGCUGCAGGAUGUGGUAGCUCAGCCCAGCCCCCAUCCCAGGAGCUGCUCCUCUGCAGAACAUCACCCUCUAAUGCUAAAAGAAAGGCCCAGAAAAAAUGUAUUUCUGAUUGGUUGCAUUUUGCCUGAGCUGAAUUUUAGGCACAUGUAAACUUUAUAAAUAUGAGGCUAGAGGUUGAACAUGGACAAAUAUUAAUUCAGCAGUCUCAGAGUGAUUUUAAUGGAUAAUUAUAGGUUCUCAAUCUGCAGUAUUUAUACAACCUUUCCAGUUAAAAAAAACCCCAACAGUUUCCAUGCAGUGCAUAUUCUCCUGGAGGAUUUGUUUGACCUUGAGCACCAUUUUUAUCUGCAGGAUAUAAUUACAGUGAAACUAGAAAUAUUAAGCAUUUUGAAAGGACUGUGUAUCCAUGCUCAACUGGCUCCCUCCUCUCUGGCAUGGGAAUGCAAUUGCACAGGAGUAGGGAAAAUUGCAGAGUGAUUUCAUCUGACUUAGAAGCACUGGGGCUGGGAUUUGGGGAAGCCUGCCCAGUUGGGACAGGGACUGACUGGUGUGUGUGCCUUGUCUGGGUGUUUGAGCUUGUGCUCAAGCCACUGCCUCCAGGAACUGUCAGAAGCAAAAUGACUUUAUGCCCUGUUUAACCCUGGUCACGAGGGGUGCUUCUGGCCUAGAAAUACUUCCCAAGGAUCACAGAUUUUAUAUAUAUAUUUUUAAAGGAAAAAUUGCUUUUUAAUUAUCUUAAAAUAUUUGGCUUGUCUAACCAUGUGCCCCUUCCCCCUCCCCCCCCCCCCCUUUUUUUUUUUGUUUUUACAACAUACUUCAAUGGUGGAAGGAAAAUCGGUAUCCUCUGGCAGAGAAAGGAUUCAUGUAGGAAAGGGCUUGAUGUAACUUCCUCCUGGCACAGCUGCACUGAUCCCAGUGGCCUCACUUCUGAUCAGCACUGGCAGAUGGAGCCACAUCCUCUUUGCCUGUUGGCUGAUGGUUGGCAUACCCAUGAGGAAAAGGCUGCAAAGGCACCAGUUCUGAUUAAAAGCAAACCCCAACACUUGAGCCCUCUGCUCAGGUUUGAGUGCCCCAGCUCCUGUGUGUGUUUGCACCCUGUGGGUUUAACCCCGUCCUUGGCUGCUGGGUAGUGCUGCUGUGAUUUGUCCAUCACACUCCCCUUGCACAACAAACAGCUCCUUUUGCAGUUUGAAGCUCUUACCCCACAGAAGUGGUAUUUAGGGACAGUCACCUGUGCUGGCCCCCACGGGACAACAGAGACACACUCAUCCUGCUGUUGGCAGGGAGGAGGCGGAGAGGCAGCACUGAGGACCCCUGGAAUGCAGGUCCCAGGGGCUGCAUCUGGGCCAAUGGAGCAGAACACCUCAGGUGCUCAGGGGGUGCCGUGGCUUUGCUCUCCAGCCUUAGCAGGAGUUUUGUCCUGAGCUUCUGCUUGUGGUGAUUGUAUCAAUAGCAGCGUUUAUAAAUCCACAGGACCCCUGUUAACCUAUUAGAUCCAUCAUGAAUACCAACCCAACUCAUUUUAGUUGGAAUAAAACUGGUGAGAAAUGUCAUGGUUUCCUGCUGAGCAUGGAGUGAGUCCUGAAAUCCAAGGGCCUUGUCUUUUGUCUGUGCUGGGGCAGCAGGGCCGUAUGCCAGGGAGGAAAAAACCUCUGUGGAGCAAUGGCAACGAGAGCCUGGGCAUUGCACAGAGGCUGUCACCUGAAAUGGGGCUGUGUGCCACCUUGUUUGACAGAUGAUCAGAACAAAGAGCUGUCUCAUGGACCGUGGCUGGGCAGUUCCAUCAAAUCCCUUGCUGUGUCCCCUGCCCUGGGUGCAGCUGGAGUUGUGGGGUGAGUUUUUCUCCCUCCACAUCAUGCUCUGGGUAGGUGAGUCGGUGGGAAAACCUGUGUGGGAAAAAGCAAAGUCUUUGAGAGCAGUGUCACUCUUAAGUCCUCAUGACCAGCAGAUCAUGACCAGUGUGUCCCACCGACCUCAGAGCAGCUCCCCUGGCAUCAGGAAUCCCUUCAUGUGUGGUCAGAAUGGAGAUGCAGGGUGGCAGGAGCAGAGUGUGGCUGUGUCCCCACUGUGGAGUGUGUCCUUCAUGAAACACAAUGAGGAAAGGAGAUGAGGAGUACCUGUUGUGUGGGUGGGGUGCUGCUGAUGGUCAGGAGCCUGUGACUUUGUGUGGGAGGGGAGAGUUUUUCUGUCUUUCCUGUCUUUGAAUUAAUGGCUGGUAAAAGAGAGAGAUGUCCCACCUUCAAUUUUGUCAUAAGCUGGUUUAUAUCUUCCAAGGUAAAGCCAGCUGCAUUCAAUCCCUCUGAGCUCUUUGUUCGUAGAACAAUGUGUUGUGAGGUACAUAGAGGUGCAAAGAUGUCUCUGAAAAUUACUUAUGUCCUAUCAGCCAGUGAUCUGAGUUUUCAGAAAAUGACAAAAAUUUGGAAUUCAUUCUGGUGUAACCCACUGACCAAGGAACCCACCCUACAUCUUAAAGGAUGUUUUGCAUCUUCACACCUCAAGACACAAACAGCCUCAUGUCUGCUUUUCCCUUUUACUGGGUGCAGUACUCAAACCAGCCCUGAAUUUUCCAUGCUGGAGAGGAGCCUGAUACAGGUGGUGGUGGGAAGGAGCCCUGGUAGGCUGAUGGAUGCACCACGUUUGGCUCUUGCUCAGUGGAUGGAUUUAGGGUAGAAGCUUGGGCAGCAGAGCAUUUGCAUGGAACUGGUAUUGAAAAAUCUUAAACCAAAGCCUGGUCCAUUCCCAUCCAUUCCAUGGAUGAAACCACAACUGCACACAUUUUCAAUGGCUUUUCAGCAGGUUUUGCUCUCCAUUUUUCUGUCAUCACCACUUAAUAGUUCAGUCAUAUAUUUUGUGAGCUGAUUUUUCUGCUGUGAUAUUUGUGCUGAUGAGGGUUUUCAGGAUGGGGGGUGUGGAGGCUUGCUGUGGUGUUUGGUGGGGGAGGCAGGGUGAGGAAGCAAAGGCUGAGACUCAGCAGCAGGAGGAUGUGGUGCAGUCUGUGCCUUUGGACAGGGGACACAGAGGGGACAAGUCUGGCAGGGUUGGUGGGAAUAGGGGACCUGCUCACAAUGGGUCCCACACUCAAGUGCCUUUCUGAGGGAUGGUGGGAAUGUUUGGGUCUCCCCUCCCCUUCUCUUGGCCACAAUGUCAACCUGUGCUGGUGCCACCCUGGUCUCCAUCAUCAGAGGAAUGAGACCCAGAGGCUGGGCCAAGCCCGGCCUCCCUGAGAGCAGUGGCAGUGGCCUUGAUCCCAGUUUUUGGGGAGAUGGUAGCGUUCCCUAUGGUGUUUCUUUCAUUUCCUCCAUCCUGCCUUGGUGAAGAGAGGGGAGGAGGAAAUAAACAGGAGGCAAAGGUUAGGGCUGCUUUGCUCCCAAGCUGGUCAUGCCAGGGAGCUGUGUGCCAGGAGCUGCUGAACACCAAAGGCUCACAGGAGCUCAGCCAGCAGCAGCAGUGGGAAACAGCAUCCACAGACCAGGAAAAGGGAUGGUCACACAGGCAGGGGCCAGGCUUUGGUCCUUGAAGGUGCCAGAGUUAAGUGGGUAUGUAGGAAGUGAUCAGCUGGGAUGGGGCAUUUUGCAGCAGCCCAUCCUCUCCUUGCCCAGGGAGGGGGGUGAUCAUCCUGCUUACAUCCAUCCCCCCUGAUCUCAGUGAUGAACCUUUUAAAGAAAGGUCUGAGUUCCUGAGGUGCUGGAAUUCCAGAGCUCCCACACACUUCAGCUGAAGCCACGUUUGUGCAGUGCCUUUGCAAAUGGAGCUCUCACAGCCUGAGGGUCGGGCUGUGCCCCCCUGGAGUCACCAGCUCUGUCUUGCUCUGCAGCUCCCACUGGAAAAGCUGGUGGAGAUGCUGCUCCAAGGAAAUGGACACUUGUCUGUGCAGCACAGACCUGCUCUGCUCCCGCUGUGCCCUGUCUCAGAUGAAGCAAUGUUGGUCCAGUUUGCUCAGUCCCUUUGUAUCCCAUCACUGUGGGCUCUGUUUCUGCAGUCAAAUUAACACUUUCUGGAGUCCCUUUGACAAAACGAGCCUCUCUGCUGGUCAGUCGUGGUUUUAUUUAUAUGUUCUUUUCUUUGAUUAGAAAGGAAAGUAUCAAAAAAUGAAGAAGUUUCCAAUAGCUGUAUUUCUAGUAGCUAUGAUUUUUGAAGCAAUACUUGUAUCCCUGUGUGUGCCUCUGAACUAUCCAUGUAUUUGUUCAGCUUUUUCAGGUCUGGGUGUGUGAAAUAUCUCUAAAGAAGAUAGCUCUGUAUGUGAUGGUGUAAAUGCAUUGUUUGUAUGUGUCUAAAGUUUAAAUAGAUUGUACAUAUGGGAUUGUAAAUGAACUGUAAACAGCAAUCUAUAUUUUCUUGAAUAUAUUAUAUAGCAGUAUAUAUUUGUUAAAUAAAUAUUCUUGUAUACUCUUCAAUAAUCUUUUUAAUAUUUUGUACAGAUAAGUUUAUUAAAUAUUUUAUUGAUAAAUAGACCUCUGCAAGA